AUGAAGAGAAGCCAUGAAGGAGAGAGAGGCAAAGCUGUGGAAGUGAACAACAAUAAUAUUGAUUUUUUCCAAGACUACAGCACCUCAUCAAAUGUCCCAUGUAAGAAACAUCCGCAAUCAUAUUCCGUUGGUGUAUGUGCGUAUUGUCUCAAAGAUUGGUUGUUCAACUUGGUUUCCUCAGAUUAUGGUGAGCAACGUUUCUCAUCUUGCUCUUGCUUUGAAAACUCCUCCAACCCUCGAACCUCAUGCACUGGUGAGGUAGGCAGCGUUGGUCGUGUCUCGAGCUCAAUCUCAACUGCUGGGAGUUUUGGCGUCAAUGGUGGUUUGUUUUUCGAUCUUGAAAGAAAAAGUGGGUUCAGUGAAGUAGAACCAAGAAAAAGUGGUUUUGAUUGUGAAAGAAAAGACUGUACUUUUAAGGAGUAUGAUAUUGAAGAUAUUAGAGGUAUGAGAAAAAGUGUUGGUGGUGGUAGUGGUGGUGGUCUCUUGGAUGUUGAUGGUGGUUUUAAUGGAGCAAACAAGCAGGUGUUUUCUCUCAAGGAGAGUUAUUUCACUGGUGGAGAUGAUUUAGGCUUCAAUGACUUAAAAUUUAACUUUCAAUCAGAGUCGAAAGGAGAUGUCCCCGCUGUGAAGAAAGGUGUUUUUUUUGCAUUUAGCAGCAUGAGGGAUGGUGGUGAUUUUAUGACACAUAAAUUUGGCGGUUCCAUCAAUAAUGCACUGGUUGGAGAUGGAGCCUUCUGCAAUGGAGUUCAUGUAGGAUGA